GAGCUUCCGUUUAUCUACGAGGUCAGAGAAGGCAGGCUGCGCGUUACGGUGGUGCUGUUGAAAAACACGAUGAAAAUGGCGUGGCAACCGCAGGAGGAAGGACUCAGGCAAAUCUUAACGCUGCUCAAGGAGUCGCAGAGCCCGGAUACAGCGACCCAACGAGCCGUACAACAAAAAUUGGAAGAAUUGAAUAAAUUUCCAGAUUUUAACAACUAUUUAAUAUUUGUUCUAACGAAACUUACAUCAGAAGAUGAACCUACUAGAUCGCUGAGUGGACUGAUACUCAAAAAUAAUGUAAAGACUCAUUUUCAUAAAUUUCUACCAGAAGUCAUAAAUUUCAUAAAGCAAGAAUGUCUGUCGGCUGUCGGAGAUCCAUCACCGCUGAUUCGUGCGACCGUCGGUAUUUUGAUUACUACUGUCGCAUCAAAAGGUGAAUUAACAGCUUGGCCAGAAUUGUUACCUGCGUUAUGUCAAAUGUUGGAUUCACAAGAUUACAACGUUUGUGAGGGCGCGUUUGGCGCUUUACAGAAGAUUUGCGAAGAUUCUGCAGAGAUAUUAGAUUCGGACGCUCUGAAUCGCCCUCUGAACAUUCUGAUUCCAAAGUUCCUUCAUUUCUUUAGACACUCGAGUCCCAAGAUCAGAUCCCACGCGAUAGCGUGUGUCAAUCAGUUCAUCAUUCAACGUACGCAAGCUCUUAUGAUACAUAUAGACAGCUUUUUGGAGAAUCUCUUCCAUUUAGCUUCAGACGAUGAUUCUGAAGUGAGAAAAAAUGUUUGCAGGGCGCUGGUGAUGCUGCUUGAGGUACGAAUGGACCGACUAAUACCACACAUGCACAAUAUAAUCGAAUAUAUGCUAAUGAGAACUCAAGACGUCGACGAAGGAGUAGCAUUAGAAGCGUGUGAGUUUUGGUUGUCAUUAGCGGAACAACCAAUUUGUAAAGAAGCACUUGCACCACAUUUGACCCGAUUAGUACCUGUCUUGGUGAGAGGUAUGAAAUAUUCAGAAAUUGACAUAAUCCUUCUCAAAGGAGACGUAGAGGAGGAUGAAAUGAUACCAGACAGAGAAGAGGACAUCCGACCACGAUUUCACAAGUCGAAAACACACCACUCACAUCACGCAAACGGUAUGAGUAAGCAUACCGAUGAAAACGGCGGUGUGAAUGGUGGUUGCGACGAUGAGGACAUAGAUGUCGAAGAUGGAUGCGAUGACGAUUCGACUUUGAGCGAUUGGAAUUUGAGAAAAUGUUCCGCCGCCGCUUUGGAUAUGUUAGCUAACGUUUUUAGAGAAGACCUAUUGCCGGUUCUGGUGCCAAUUCUAAAGGAGACUCUUUUUCACCCAUCUUGGGAAAUUAAAGAAUCUGGUAUCUUGGCACUUGGAGCUAUCGCUGAAGGUUGCAUGAGCGGCAUGAUCCCACAUCUGUCGGAGCUCAUUCCUUAUUUGAUCGGCUGUCUGAGCGACAAGAAGGCUCUUGUGCGUGCCAUAACUUGCUGGACGCUGAGUCGUUACGCGCAUUGGGUUUGUGCACAACCACACGAGUCGUAUCUAAAACCUCUGAUGACAGAAUUGCUCAAAAGAGUGCUUGACAGUAACAAACGUGUUCAAGAGGCCGCAUGUUCCGCUUUUGCAACUUUGGAGGAAGAGGCAUGCACCGAACUGGUCCCUUAUCUGGGAUUCAUUCUCGAGACACUAGUCUUUGCGUUUGGUAAAUAUCAACAUAAAAACCUUUUGAUACUGUACGACGCAAUCGGCACCCUCGCCGAUUCUGUGGGUCACCAUCUGAACAGACCAGACUAUAUCAAUCUUCUGAUGCCGCCUCUUAUUAAUAAGUGGAAUGUACUGAAGGAUGAGGAUAAAGACCUAUUUCCAUUGUUGGAAUGCCUCUCUUCGGUGGCAACCGCGUUACGUUCAGGUUUCCUACCGUACUGUGAACCUGUCUAUAGACGAUGUGUGUCGCUUGUCGAGCAGACGCUGAAUCAACAUAUAGCGAGUACGCAGAGUCCUGAGCAGUUUGAGGCACCGGAUAAAGACUUCAUGAUUGUGGCAUUAGAUCUCCUAAGUGGACUGGCAGAAGGACUGGACGGUCACAUGGAACGUUUAGUUAUGAACAGUAACGUUAUGCAGUUAUUAUAUCAGUGUAUGCAAGACACCAUGCCUGAAGUUAGACAAAGUAGCUUCGCUUUAUUAGGAGACCUAACGAAAGCUUGCUUCCAACAUGUGCUCCCCUGUAUACCGGAGUUUAUGCCUAUACUAGGACAAAACUUGUAUCCGCAAUUCAUAUCAGUAUGUAACAAUGCGACAUGGGCAAUCGGUGAAAUUUCGAUAAAACUUGGGCCUGAUACAAGUACAUAUAUUCCAUUAAUUUUGACACAACUCAUCGACAUAAUUAACCGACCGGACACACCGAAAACACUGUUAGAAAAUACCGCCAUAACGAUCGGUCGCCUAGGUUUUGUGUGUCCCCACGACGUCGCCCCCAUGUUACAGCAGUUUGUCCGACAGUGGUGCACUUCCUUGCGAAGCAUAAGAGAUAACGAAGAAAAGGAUUCUGCCUUCCGAGGUAUGUGUCAAAUGAUUACUGUCAAUCCAGCUGGCGUCGUUCCAGACUUUAUCUUUUUCUGUGAUGCUGUGGCGUCGUGGUCGGCGCCGAAAGACGACUUGAAGGAGAUGUUUCAGAAGAUACUGUUCACGUUCAAAAAUCAAGUGGGUGAAGAUAAUUGGAAACGAUUUUCCGAUCAAUUUCCGCCGCAACUUAGUGAGCGGCUUCAAAAUAUGUAUGGCGUCUGAAAAACUCCGCCUAAAAGCGAAGGCCGCUUAACAAAGCAGGCCGAAUGGGGUUGGGCGGGAAACAAUGGGCGGAUGGGACGGGUGGGUGAAACCACGGCCUCUUCUCAUCAACAUCGUUGUCGUUACCGUAUCAUCGUAGUCUGUUAUCGUGCUCUCCAGGAGUAUGAUAACGCACACGCCGAGUGUUUAGCCUUUAGCCUAACCGGGAGAGGGCUGAAGAAUGAUAUAAAACGAAAUGUUAGAGAAUCAAAGCGAGAAGAGAACGACAAGAGAUAAGCAUUGGCCGCAACAUAAAAGCGUGGGUGGGCGGGGAUGUAACUUCGGGGUGGGAGGGAGGAAUUUUGUGGGGAUCACCAAUUUCAAGAGACGAAAUAAGGUAUAACAACCGAUAUACCUUGAUGUAGUGAUGUACACUCGUUUCCAUUAGCGCUACGUGUAACACUCGAAAGUGUUAUUUGAUUCUCGCGUAUGUCGAAACGUGACAAGUGCUGGCGCCAUGAACAACUUUGGUCCAGCUCUAUAUUAUAACACUAGAUAUAUAUAUAUAAUUAUUAUCAAAACCAACUUGCAGAAAACGUUGGAUGUAAGCGUAAGCAUAGAUCUCACGUUAUAGAGAUCGCCGAACACUGUGAUCGAAAAUUUGUAUGUUAAUAUUGACCUUUUCUUCCUUUAUUUUCUUUUUUUUCCUUUUUUCUUUUUUUUGAGAGAGCGAGAGCGAGAGAUUACUCGAAUGUGUUUGUAGAGUUUUAGAAACAAGGUAGAACUACUUAUUUGAUAAUAAAUAUGAUAUAGAGUACGUUAUUAGAAAUUUCAUAGUGUACAGAGGAUUUUUUGAGAAUAUUGUAUUUUUAUACGUUGAAGAAAUCACACAUUAAGAAGAUAUAACGCAGAAAGUGCCAUUCCGUCGUUUCGAACCAAAAUUUUUCUGCUUAUUUUAUUCUCUCCCUGCUAAUUGUGAUAUUAGGUUAUACGCGACAACUUUGUCAUCGUAUAUAAAACAUUUCAAAUAUGUAUACGUACAUAUAAUAUACGCAUUCUGUUAUAUAUAUAUGUACGUAUAUUUCAACAUGAUACGAUGUUUUAACUCAACCGACCAUUUUGUGAUUACCUUUUUGUUAAACAUAUUAAAUUAGUAUCAUAUUAGCAUUAGUGUAAAUAUAGGUAAAUGCAUUUUAGAAUGGACGUUUUUGUUAAUGAUUAUAAUAGAUACGAUGUCAAAUCUUUAUUAAUUUAUCGAACUCUCGAGUCGAUGUUUAAUCACAGUCAUCGAUUAAAAUUAAAAAAAAAUAAAAAUAAAAAAAAACGGUUUACAGAUGCGAUUCACAGAACGAGCAGAUCUAUGACGUGAAAUCUAUGGCGAUGUUGAUUUUAUUUGCGCGCGAUAUAAUGAUCUCGAUGUUCAUCUGGAUAAAAAAAAUCUUGUGUUUAAAUCGUUUUUGAGAGAAACAAGAAGAGAAAGAAAUCGAGGACAGAUUGUGUCAUUCCAGUUACUUGGGCCAGUUCAAAGAAACGAGCAACUCUUUACUUUAAAUGAUGCACGCUUUUAUCUUUCGUUUUUCACUUUAAAAAACGUGGGAAAAGAAUUAUAAUUCACUGAUAUUGUGACAAAAUUUAUAUAAAUGUGUUAUAUUGAGAUUUAAGUAAAUAUAAUCUCUGAUUUGUUGCAAAAUCCUUCAAAAACGAUUUCUAAAUAGUUUUACGAUAUAAAAGAAAAAAAUUAUUUUAAUUUUCAUCUUUUCAAUCAUUGGAAUUAAGUAAGAAAAGAGAAAAAAAAAUACAAAGGAAGAAAGCUCAACCUGGAAAAACUGACCAUCAUUAAGUCGCUAUUGUCAAUCAAACUUUGAAAUUAAUCAAUAAAAAUCCAGUGACUGGGGGAAAUUGAACUAGCGCGGGCGAGAAAAACGUUAAAAAAAAGGAUUAUGUUCUAAUCUCAUUUCGACUGAAGAAUUAAAACAUUGAGUACACUACGAUAAAGAUGCUUUGUCGUCGCUUAUCGAAUAAGGGUAAUUCUACAUCCUUCCAUUGUCAUUUACGGCACAUGCAACAGACUUCUGUUCGGUCUCUUUGUGUUCCUGCGGAAGAAAGAUUCUGCACGGAGAAUUAGGUGAAUUUCGUGGCCGCUCCUUGACUUAAUCCACACUCGUUCAACUUGGCAAUAUAGAUAUUAUAUAUGUAUAUUGUCAUAAUUUUAUCCCUAAACUCUGGCCCCUUUCCUUGCCCUGCCUGCGCCAUUUUUGUGAUAUUACUGUUUUUUAUAAUUACUUAAGAGCUUGAAAAAAGUAAAAACAAACAUAAAAUUCGAACCACAUGCCACUCGACGCAAAUCUAAAUAGAAAAAAUUCAUAGUCACUAUUUUAAUUUUUUUUCUAUCGCGCGUAUAUGUAUAGGAUGUGUAAAUAUUGCAUACGCAAAAUCGACAUCGUUAUCACCUCACUUUCACCGACUUACAUUUUAAGGAUUUAAUAACAGUUAACGGCAAUUUGCACACAAGUUGUAUAGUUCACCUCUCGAUAGUUCCUAAGCUAGACGAAAGAUCUUGGCAGUGAUGAAGAAACAAAAUGCUCGUUGUCGCAUCGAUCUUGGAUUACUACAUGAAAUUUCGUAUCGCAAUACAAUCUAGAGUGUGUUCCAUCGUCGUUGUAAAUAUAUAUAUUUCUUUUUGACUUCGGUAUAGAUUUUCUGGUACAUACAGUUUCUACAAUCCAUUUUAUCCAUACGUUUCUCGUCGAGGGAUCAUGUGGCUCGCAAUUAUUUAUUAAUACGCUAUUAAAAAGCUCUCAGUCAAGAUAAGAUCGAAGUAAUAAAUUUAUAAAUGAUUGUGAAGUAACGGUGAGAUCGUCUAUUUAUAUAUAAUUAUUAUAUUAAAUAUUACAAUGAUAGGACUGAAAAGUGAUCAAUGUUGAUUGAUAUUUGAAAUUUCCAGUUUUUUCUAUCGUGAGUAAAAAUUGAGUGCGAAGAAGUAUGUAUGGGGAUAUAUAAUAACGGGGUGAUUGCAACCGAAGAAAACAAGAGAAAAAAACAAAAAAAAAAAAAA